AAAACAAACACCAGAAUGUCGAAAAAACUACCAACUAUAUCCGUAACAACCGAACAGCAUACUUCCCAUUCUGAAUCAUCAUCAUCUUCCCAGGAUUCUGAAAGCAAUGACAUGGACUACGGACGCAAUGGUGAUGCAGGCGGCGUUACCGAUGUUGAGGAUUUUGACAGUCAAGCCGAGGUUCUAAAGCCAAGAUCACGACGUGGCUCGGGCUCUCAGUCUCACCAGUCAAAGCCCAAGCCUAAGUCGAAUCCUUUUGAAAACGAUGUUACCGAUGUGGAAGACUACGCUACCGAUUCUGAUGAUGAAGAAAAAAGUACCGCAUAUCCUGAAUUGAAACUAUCUUUGCGUGAGUUUUUGCAGCAAGGAUUGCAAAACCAGGAGGCUGUCGAUAACGAUGCCAAGGAGAGUUGCGAAAUAAAAGCUGGUAACUUUUUGCAAGCACAAAACUUGAAUGGCCUGGCGGACUAUUUGACCGAUUGUGAGGACUAUGAUACCGAUUCUGAGGUGGACUAUGGCUGCGAAAAGUCCGUAUGUGUUGAUCUCGAUAAUGCGAUAGGUGAUCAAGGACGCGUUAAUAUCGCCGAUGGUGAAAAGCAUCAGGACGACUCUGAUCAGUAUGAGGACGUUUCUGUGAUUAGCGAUAUUAGCGAUUUGGCCUCUGCCAUGUCCGACUGCACUGGCAUUGGGGUUCGUGGCAUGUCCCAGGAUGAAAUGCUCGAGGUGUCUGGUAGCGGUAGUGAAGAAGUUUGUCAAAUUGCGUGCUCGAGUAGCGACUCUGAACUUGAAGGUGCAGCCGCUCAAAGUGCCAACUGCAGCGAUGCCAAUUAUCCGCCCAUAGAUGUGGCGUUCGUUAGCGCCAGUGGACAACCACGUCGUAAUUCGAAAUCAACUAUUUGCGUUAGUGAGAGGAAGGGUAAACACUUUCUGCAGCUAUCGGGGAAAAACGAGGAAGUAUUAACCGAUAUUGAAGGCAUCGAUGAUUCGGCAGCCGAAGAUAGUUUUGACAACGAGGAGGACGAUGAGCAACCCAUACCACGUGCCAUUAUUUUAGCUUCCGGAGACGAUGGCACUUGUCUCACGGACGUCGAAGACAUUUUCUGCGAGGACACAUCCCUUUCCAGCUGUUUGCCCGAAAUAAAUGCUGUGGCACCAGAAACUCUGCCCUUGCCGCAUCGUGAGGUGGUGGAACUUAAGGAAGACAAAUAUGGCGACACCAUCACCAAUGUCAUGCCCAUGGAUAAAAAUUACGAGUUCGGCAUCUACAACCCAUAUGUCAAGGAUGCCAUACACACUGACUCAGAGGACUAUUCUUGUGCCGAGGACUGGAGUCUCAAUCAAUCGAUAGCUGAUGAUGCUUUGGUUGCCGGUGCUGGCCUAAUCGAAAAUGAGGUUAUCGUUUCAAAUGAACUGAUGAAGCAGCAGCAAAAUAAACGCCUAGAAGUACUGUCGAAUGCGGAAUCGGUAACAGAUGUUGAGGAAAUUUUCGUAGCGGGCACAAACCGGCGCAAAAAACUAAAGACACGCACUCUCAGCAAGGGUAAGAACAAGCUAUUGGAUGUAGUCAAAGCUAAGGAGGAUGGCGUCACCGAUGUCGAGGACAUGGAUUUAAGUGAAUGUGAUCUACCGCCAAGUGUAAAACGUGUCGAUCAACUGAAACUGCAAGCCAAAUCACAAAAUGCUGACAAGCUUACCGAUGCCGAAGACCUAUCCACUGAUGAUGUUUCAGAAGUAUCCGAUGCAGGAUCUCCAAUUCCACCAUCGUGCGAUAAGACAAGCAACAAGAUCAAACUGCAACCACUUCAUUUGCGUUUACAAAAGGAGGAAGUGAUCAGUCAGCAGAACACCGACAUUGAGGAUGUACAGCUGCCAUCGGAGGCCGAAGAUGGCCUCGAAGCCCCCUCUAUUCAAGUGGCCAAUAGCAAUAGUAAGGAGCUAAAUGAUAUGCUUAACGAAAGCUAUACUGUCGUUCAUGAGAGAACCGGUCAAUGUUUUAAUGCCGAUGCUGAGAAGUUGCAUAUUAAGGGUGUAAUAAAAGACGCCCAUACCGAUGUGGAAUAUGUUGAAUCCGAUGAGUCAGCCGCCAGAGGAGGCAAUUAGUGUCCACCUUUCCCGAUUUCAAUUCCGAUCCCAAAAAAUCAAUUGCCAAAUAUCCAAAACAAAUCCAAAAACCAUUUUCAACAAUAGCCUUUAAGUUUUACUUAAACCGACACACAUACACUCGACCAUUUUAAACCAUUGAAGAAAAAACAAUUGACUCGUCCAUACUGGAUAUUAAAAAGAUCUCACAAG